AUGCGGUACAACCUGCCGCGCAACGUCACGUGCGACGGCGACUCGCACUGCGUCCUUCGCUGGUGGUACAUAGGCGGCAACAACUGGAGCGAGGCGGACCAACUUGUUGCCUCGACGCUUGCUCUUGCUGCGAUGCUUCACAACACGGACGCCCACGGCCGCAUGACCAAGCCCGCGCACCGCGGCUGGAUGGGGCGCCUCCCGCAGUUCUCCUUUGUGCCCAUCGACUAUAGCGACAACGGCUUGAACGCGGGCGGUGUCGCGGCCACGACGUCGGGCCCCCACGGCGUCUGCGGCGAUCCGUAUACGCAGGCGGCGCCCCGCGAGCACGAGACGGGUGGUAUCUACGGCCAAUUCCCAAAACACGGGGCCCGCGCCAUCACGGGCUGCUACGCGCCGGGGGCCGUCGUCGACAUUCAGAUCCAGAUCACGGCCAACCACAUGGGGUACUUUACCUUUGGUCUCUGCAAGCUCAAUGGCAAGAACGACAAGGAGACCGAAGAAUGCUUCCAGUCGCUGACGCAACCCGGUGGCGCCGAGCGCUGGCCAGUGCCAUCUGGCAACGACUUUUUCAACAUGCAGUACAAGCUCCCGAGCGGCGUCACGUGCGAUGGCGACUCGCACUGCGUCCUUCGCUGGGUCUACACGGGCGGCAACAACUGGGGCGCCGCCGGCCAAGAGCAAUUCUGGAACUGCGCCGACAUUUACAUUAGCAGCACGUGCGGAAGCCCGUCACCGGUGACGUCCGCGCCCGUGGUGCCGACGGCUGCGCCAGUGACCCCAGCGCCAGUGGUGCCAACCGUGGCACCGACGCCGCCGCCGUCCGACGUUUGCAAGGGCAACACCAACGUGUGCUUUUGGCCGCUGACCAACCAAGUCGUGCAGUACCCGAAGGACGACUGCAUCAAGCAAUCAGCAUUCGUUUGGUGCCCAUAA